AUGGCGGAGCUGUUGUCUACCGUCAGCAGUACUCGAGAUAGUCUCAUAUCCCUGGGGGUCUUCAACAGCGAUAACACGACUAACUUCCGUAUCCCCCGACACGCUGAACUCCACAGGUAUGCUGUUUCGGCUACGUUUGAGGAUCGUUUCCCGAGGCCGCUGGCUUUCGCCAUCCUACACCAACGCGGGGUCGUAGAAACGUAUGUUCUUCCCUACGGUCAGCGCACUAUGGAUUUUCUAACUAACAUCAUAUCGUCCCGCCGCGGUAAUCUACAGACGCCAGCGUUCGCCUUCAAUUUACAGGAAGCUCUGCGGUACUUCGCCAUAGAUCGACCGAGUGAGAUGCUCUACGUCGACGCGGGCGACUUGGCUGUAUUAGCGUGGAUCCUGGACUCUGCCGCUGGUAGUGCAUGCUAUGAUAUCGACUAUCUCAAGUCGAUCUAUGGGAACGACAUGAGCCAUAAACGACCCAGAGAGGCGACGUCACUGCAGGAGUCUCAUCCUUGGAGAAUGCUGGUCGACCAUGACUUGCCCGAGUCUAGUGAUCUCGCAGUUGCCUUGUCCAGCAGGGUGGAGAGCCACGGUCAGACGGCUGUAGCGUUGUUCCAAGAGCUGCCGGUGGCUCGGCUGUUGACUCUGAUGUCAGUCACUGGAGCUCCGUUCGACCAUUCGAUCAUGCAACGGUGGCGCUCUGACCUGGAAGUGACCGUGGCAAAGCUGGAGCGGGAGGCCCAAGCUCUGGUGAAGAAGGAGGUCCUCAUGACAUCGCCUGCCCAGGUAGCUGCCUUGCUGUACGAUGACCUAGGGCUACAGCCUCCAGCUGGUCGUAGAAGCCGUAGUACGGGGGACGAGGUGUUGAGCAUGAUGGUCGACCAGCACCCAGUAGUGUCGAUCAUACGCAAGCACAGACAGGUCGCUAAGCUCAUCACGACUUAUGUGGACACUAUAAGGUCGCUGCCCGAGAGCUCACCCAAGCCUGGACUGCUGGAAUACUUCCGACCACAGAAUGGAGUGUCCGAAAGCUGCAAUUUUCUGGGCAAAAACCGCCUAUACACUGUUUGGAAUCAGACCAUGACGGUCACUGGUCGUCUAUCCAGCAGCAAUCCGAAUCUUCAAAACAUACCACGCUCGCACGAAUUCGAGGACCUCGGUGUCAUCAGUCUGCGGAAGGCUUUCAUCUCUCCCAUCUUGGACUCCCAUUGUCUGGUCAGUGUUGACUACCGCCAGGUCGAGAUUAGGGUCUUGGCUCACUUCGUGGGCCCAGGGGCGCUGCGACGGAGUUUUUCGGUGGAUGGUGCUGACAUUUACACCAAUAUGGCUGCUAUGAUACUGCGGAAAGCAGCUAAUGACGUGACCAAGGAAGAGCGGAACAAGGCCAAGGUCUGCUGCUUGGCGUUGGUCUAUGGCUCGGGUAUCCACUUGCUGGCUAGACAGAUGGGAGUCACCACGACUGUGGCUCAAGGGUUCAAGCGACAGUUUAACUACGCCUUCCCCGAAUUGGAGAGAUGGAUGGUGAGAGUUUGGCAUGCAGCGAAAGGGAAGAAGUACGUCGAGACCAUAUGCAAGCGACGGAGGAAAAUCGAACUGGACGGAGGAGAGCUCACUAGUGAGGCUAAGCGGUUCUGCAUCAAUAGUAUCAUUCAAGGCAGCGCCGCGGACAUCAUGAAGUCGGCCAUGGUGCAGAUAGCGCACGCCCUGGACGAGGCUCAGUGGAAACGUGGUCGUCCACAACUGCUUCUGUCGAUUCAUGAUGAGUUCGUCCUGAGUUGUCACCAGGAGGAUGUGGAGAGGUUGGGCCGAUUGCUGCUGCGGGAGAUGCGGAAUCCUGCACUCCCGGGUCACGAUGAGGACGACCCCUUCAGUGUUCCACUGGAGGUGAGCAUGAAGUAUGGUCACAACUGGGCCGAUAUGAGGGAACUCAUUAUUGCUUAGAACGUUACAUUAUUACAAUUCUAACAUUACUGCACGAUGUUUUCAACCAUA